AUGGCCAUCGGGGAGGGCCCGUUCUCAGGGGGCAGCCUGAACCCUGCCAGGUCGCUGGGGCCGGCCAUCGUGACAGGCAUCUGGGACGACCACUGGGUGUACAAGCUGGGCCCUGGGCUGGGCGCAGUGCUGGGUGGCCUGACCUAUGAGCUCUUGUUCGCGGGACCGACAGCACGGGAGCAGCUCCGGGCCUCCCCGCCCUGCCGUGACGUGGGCAUUGUGGAGACCACCAGUGCUUCGGGCUCCUCACUUGCCGGCCCUCGGCCCCCGCCAGCACCUGGUGUCGACUAGCGCCAGCUAGUGCCUCCGGCCCCCUCGACCCCCCCCGACCCCUGGGCGAGACCUGGGCCCUGGAGCUGGGGGGUGGGCGCCAGGACGCCUGGGUGCUUUCCCAGUUCUGCUGCUGGCUCCCCGCACGGAGCCUCCCACCCCCAUUAAACGGCUCCGGAUCAAGUCGGCUCUCGGUCUCUGCGUCUCCCCAGGUCCCACGGCUCAGGAGCAGAGGUGGUCGAGGCUGGGGGGGGCACUUCUGGCCAUAAGAGCAGCCCAGGGACUCAGUCCUGAAGCUGGAAGGGGAGGGUGGCUGGGAGCCAGGACUUCUGGCUUGGGGUAGACACUGCCCUGCCCUGCGCCUCAGUUUCCCCAUGGGUAAUGGGGUGGUGAUGAGCUGUGAUGAGUUGCAUGACCCCCUCCCACCCCGCCCCCACACAGGGGAAGCAGGGAUGGCCUUCUGGAAGCUCAGGGCCAUGGAGCUGCUGCCCGAGGGGGGAGUUCUGC